AUGGCAUUGGUGUACCGUCCGGUGGUAGGGUCCUUGAAGUUCCUUGAGCGGUUAACAGAGAAAUGUAGAUAACCUUCUGAGAGAAGACGAUUUUACGCCUUCCACUCGUCUGUUAGCACUAUACUGCCUUUGGCGACCCAUUUUGUGAUAACGGAACGGAGAGCGGGCCAACUUCGAUCAUUCACCUGUUCAAAUAAGGCUUUUUGUCGGCUAGUAUCGUACAUACCGACCAGCCACUACCCAUUUAACCCAGCCGCUGCAGGGCAGUAAAUCUGCGCUAGACGUUGUUCAGUCUCUACACCCAAUUAGCCACUUUCCGAAGACAAAAUGCACACCUUAUCUCACCCCCUUUUCGUGUUUUAGACUCUUCUCGCGGAGGCAUUUGGCUGCAUCUUCGCCUUUCUUCGGCUUUUGGAGCCAACAGAGAAGAGAAUUUGGCUCAACAAGCUGGCCGAAGUACUAUUCUCUGACCUAGUCCUGGAGGCCAAGCUGGAGAACCGUGUAGUGCUAACUGAAUACGCCACAACUCUCACUGAUUUGCUCGGAAGGGAGAUAAUGGUGCACUCAAGACGCCUUCUGAAGUCCGCUGAACUCACUCUGCUCGCCCCGCGUUCCUCGAACUCGGUAUGCAGAUUGGACAAUUUUAAAUCGACUCUUCUGAGGCAACACCCCGUUCAUCAUCCACUUUGUCGUUUAGGCAAACCUCCGAGAGCGCGAACAUCUCUCCUUCUCGCAGAUGUUGGCAUGCCUGCUGAAGUUUGUCCAACUCUCUUCUGACCUCCUGUUUCCGGACCUGCUCCCGAUGGUCCUUCCCGUGGUGACGUCAUUCGUCGACCUCGAAUGGAGUAGGCGGGGCAAUGAGGACGUGGCGGACGGCCUCAACACCCUGUCUUCCCAGCUAACCGCUAUCUUGAGCCUCCUACUCAAACAGAACCCACCCGAGGUCUCGAAAGUUCUGAACCGAUGUUUGGAAUUAACGCCGCACCUCCAGCCGAUGGUUGUAGCCUGUGGUGACUUGUACAUACCUGCCUGCAAGUAG